UCUUCCUGUGUCCUACGCAAUGUGGUCAGCGGUAAGAACCCAUGUGCCUUUCAAACCAAAAUGGCUGCAGAUACGCAUUUGAAACUUCAUGUUGUUUUAGACGGUUCCCGUCAGUUCAUGGUUGUCAUAGGAUCCAACAAGACAGUAUCGGAUUUAAUAGAAGAAAUCCUCAAAGUUGCACGCUACAUUUAUCCCGAAUACGGGAAUGUCACCUCAAUAACAUCCCUGCAGAACAAGGAGCACUAUGAGUUGGCCGGCCUCUAUGUCGUGGAGUCUGUGCUAGAUACACAUGAGACCGUAUUUGCAACUUCAGGAUUGUGCAAAGCAAAAUCCUCACGCAAAACAAAGCGAGUCAUUGUGGAAGAUGAUGUCGAAGACAACAUUGUUUAUAAUGAUGAUGAUGAUGAUGAUGAUGAUGAUGACCAUGAUGACAAAAAAUCCAGCUCUGUCGAAGAAGAAAAAACAAUCCCUUCAGAAAGGAAUACUGCCCAAAUAUCCCGAAGCCAUGGUAAUGAUGAUGCUGAUAAUACUUCACUAAGACCUAAUUUAGAAUCGGUGACUCACGAGGAGGAGGGCACUAUCUUAAAUAUGGUAACCCCCUGCAAUAUGGCCCAAAAGAGAACUGAUAUUUCCAUGAGUGUUGAUGAUUAUGACAAACAACAUCCAAACAAUGAAAAGGGGAAACUGAAAACUAAUGAACCGGGUAAUCAAAACGAUACUAAAAGGCCCAAGAAAAAAACUAAUUUGAAAUUUGUUUUAAGAAAAUUUGUAUUGAAAGAAAAUGAAUCCAUACCAACUGUCAAUCCAGCUGUCAAUCCGUGUGGCGGAAUAAACAGGAAAACUCAACAUAUUAGAAGCUCAAAAGUCAAUCAGGGUACAUUGACCGUAAAAGCGCAAAAGGAUGAUAAAGGUAUUAGAUUUGGAGUAGAAGAAAAAAUUCUCAAACGAGCAGUGAAGAAACACAGACAGAGUGUUUUAGGGUGCAUUCGAACAUCUCCUGGGGCUCCGGACGACUUGUGCAGCACUAUAUCUGAAGCUGUAUUAAGCUCUGAACAGUUCAAAUCUAUGCUGGAGUCCUCUGCAUGCUCCCAUUCAAAAAACAGAAAAAGGUUAAAAAAAUCUGUGACAAAAGUUGCUAGUUGGCUUGCUUCAUCGCAUGAAGAUUAUGUCAGUGAUCCGGAGAAUAGGGGACCUCUUGAGUUGUUUGAUUCGCCGUCUGUCGCAAGCACGAAAUCUAUGACUGCAGAGGACAGCCAGAGCCUCGGUGCGAUAGACACCGGCACAAAACACCGUUCUGAUUGUUCAGAUGACCAAGAGGGUAUGGUUCGAGACCAUAGCGCCCUUCUGGGUUGCCAAAAGACUACGGAAUCGCAAUAUAAGGAAACGUUAUCUAGACCCUCUACUCCUGUAAAAAUUGGGCUAGACAAAUGUGAUUUCAUGCAGCAAGACAAUAUAUCUAUAGACGAAAUUGCAACUGCCAUUAAUAGAAAUGAACCGGCUGAUUUACAAAAUAGGAUAGACUCUGUCGGCGGCGAAGAAGUUACAGACCUCAAUGCUUCAAGGUGCGUUCUGCUGCAGGAAAAGCUGGUUACCAACGAUCAUGGGGUUCAAACUCUGGUUAGAACGACAUCCCAAGAAAAAGAUCCAGGGUGCAUUCAACAGGAAAAUCUGGUUAAAACGGCAUCCCAUGAACAAGAUACAAGGUGCGUUCAACAGGAAAACCUAAUUAUCGCCAAUCGUGGGAUUCAAACUCUGGUUAAAACGGCAUCCCAAGAAAAAGAUCCAGGGUGCUUUGAACAGGAAAAUCUGGUUAUCGCCAAUCGUGGGACUCAAACUCCUUUCAGAAUUAAAUCUCAAAAACAAAUACCUCAACAGAAAAAGGUAUACAAGGAGCCCGAGGUUCAAACUCCCGUUAGGACGACGUCCCAAGGACGACGUGCGAAGCGUCAAGAUAGGGAUAGUGUCUGUUCGGUUACUGAGUCAGAGGUAGAUAACCUAGCCUUCCCUGCUUGUUCCCCGGUCAGGUUUAUUCGUUCCGGUUCUGUAUUCUAUCAUAAGGGCAGCAAUAAAAGGUUUAAUCACAUUGCUAGAGCAACUCUCCUAAAUGGCGUUGUAAGGAUGACUCGGAGCGAUGUUAGCGGUUACAAGAAGUGGGAAGGGAAUCAAAGUGAACAGAUUAAAUACAGAAGGGUUGCACGAGCAGUGAAGAAAAUCGGAGUUGAUGAUGAUGUCAUUAGUUUUUCAAAUUCAACAACGCCUGAUAAAGUUACCUCGAAUAAAGUAGACAAGCAACAUAAAUCAUCACAAGCUCCUCUGGAUUCUAGUAGCAGUUCAUCCUGCAGCACAUCCUCAACGACACCUAAGAAGAGUGUCUCAAAACAUGGUAAAUUAUCGGAACCAUCAGACGGUAUGAGUAGUUCAUCCAGAAGCACAUGUUCAUCUUCAGCAGACCUCGAGAAGGCUAUCUCAAAUAAAGAAAACGAUAAACAAUAUAAAUCGUCAGGAAGACAUGAAGGCGGAGCUACUAAAGACGCAACUCAACACCCCAGCUUCUCCACCAACGAGGACUGUGUGACUCACACUGAGUCGGGUUACACUAUCGAAGAAAAGGAUUUCGCUAGUCGCGACGAGGAAAUAGCUGCCGGCCAAGGCACUCCCAGCGAAACCACACGAGGGAUAAACCAUCCAGCCAGCAAGGACAAGGAACCGCCCGCAGAUGCGGCACCGGCACUUACUGCUAUCCACCCCCCGUCUUCUCUCCUUUCUCCAACAUUCUCUCCCUCUUUGUCUGCUUCUACUCUCCUUUCUCAUUCUGCUGCUGUUGAGGAUGAUGACUCUAAAGAAAGCACAGAAAGAAACAGCGACAAAUCUCCAGGACUACAUUGCUGGGUCAGAAAAAGUCGCCUUCCGAAAGGUAGAAGAAAAUCUAAACGCAUUCAAUGUGGGAGACUGAGAUCUGUAUGCACACCUUCUGUCUGGGAAAACCAUUGCUUAUCUGAGGAUCAGUCUGUCAUUUCUGACAGUGAAAUGGACACCGGAGAAGCUCCUAAUGCUACAAACUUUCCGUGUUUGCAAAAUUCAACAGAAAGCUCUCAUAUAAGGGAGGAAGUGUCUUAUAAAAACAAAGGCACUUAUAAUGCAAGAAGCCCUCCAAGGAAUGUCACGACUCCCCCGACACCAGAUGAUAGUCUGGAAGGAAAGAAAAGCCCGUGUGCUGGUGUUGAAAAUACGGGGACGCAGACAGGAAAGGAAACCGCGAAGGAAAUAUGUAGUAAGAAGAAGCACCUGGCUUUGGAAAAGAAUUCUUAUACCGCACUGUCAGAGAAAAUUAUUUCACAAUGUGAAGGAACAGAGCCAUCUAUCGGAAAAGGUAAUAGACAUGUGCCUACUGAAUUGAUGUCAGCAGAUAUGAAUAUCAAUGAGAUAUCCAAGAAGAAAAACACAAAUGAAGGAUUGAUAAGUGAAGAAACUGUCGCGAAAGACGUUGAAAAGGAAGUCGACACACCGGCAUACGAAUCGCGAGAUGUACAUGCAUCAUCUGGGGACUUCACAUCUGCUGAGACAGAAGUCGAAAUUGAGCCGUCCAAGGAGAUGAAUAAGAAUAAGAAUAAAGGAUUAAAAGGUGACCAAACUGCCGCGAAAGACGCUGAAAAGGAAGUCGACUUAUCGGUAUAUGAAUCGCAAGAUAUGCUUACAUCUUCUGGGGACUUCACAUCUGCUGAGAUAGGAGUCGAUAUUGAACCAUCUAAGAAAAGAAAAAAGAAGAAGGAAGGAUUAAUGGAUGACCAAACUGUCGCGAGAGACGCUGGAAAGGAAGUCGACACACCCGUAUAUGAAUCGCGAGAUGAACUUACAUCUUCUAAUGACUUCACCUCUGCUGAGAUAGGAAUCGAUAUUGAACCAUCUAAGAAAAGAAAAAAGAAAAAGAAAGGAUUAAUGGAUGACCAAACUGUCGCGAGAGACGCUGGAAAGGAAGUCGACACACCCGUAUAUGAAUCGCGAGAUGAACUUACAUCUUCUAAUGACUUCACCUCUGCUGAGAUAGGAAUCGAUAUUGAACCAUCUAAGAAAAGAAAAAAGAAAAAGAAAGGAUUAAAGGAUGACCAAACUGUCGCGAGAGACGUUGGAAAGGAAGUCGACACGCCCUUAUAUGAACCGCUAGAUGUGCUUACAUCUUCUAGAGACUUCACAUCUGCUGAGAUAGGACUCAAUAUUGAGCCAUCUAAGAAAAGAAAAAAGAAAAAGGAAGGAUUAAAGGAUGAGCAAACUGUCGCGAGAGACGCUGGAAAGGAAGUCGACACACCCGUAUAUGAAUCGCGAGAUGUUGUUACAUCUUCUAGAGACUUCACAUCUGCUGAGAUAGGACUCGAUAUUGAGCCAUCUAAGAAAAGAAAAAAAAAGAAGGAAGGAUUAAAGGAUGACCAAACUGUCGCGAGAGACGCUGGAAAGGAAGUCGACACACCCGUAUAUGAAUCGCAAGAUGUGCUUACAUCUUCUAUAGACUUCACAUCUGCUGAGACAGGAGUCGAAAUUGAGCCAUCCAAGAAAAGAAAAAAGAAAAAUAAAGGAUUGAAAGAUGACCAAACUGUCGCGAAAAUCGUUGGAAAGGAAGUCGACACACCGGUAUACGAAUCGCGAGAUGUACAUGCAUCAUCUGGGGACUUCACAUCUGCUGAGACAGAAGUCGAAAUUGAGCCGUCCAAGGAGAUGAAUAAGAAUAAGAAUAAAGGAUUAAAAGGUGACCAAACUGCCGCGAAAGACGCUGAAAAGGAAGUCGACACACCGGUAUACGAAUCGCAAGAUAUGCUUACAUCUUCUGGGGACUUCACAUCUGCUGAGAUAGGAGUCGAAAUUGAGCCAUCUAAGAAAAGAAAAAUGAAGAAGGAAGGAUUAAUGGAUGCCCAAACUGUCGCGAGAGACGCUGGAAAGGAAGUCGACACACCCGUAUAUGAAUCGCGAGAUGAACUUACAUCUUCUAGAGACUUCACCUCUGCUGAGAUAGGAGUCGAUAUUGAACCAUCUAAGAAAAGAAAAAAGAAAAAGGAAGGAUUAAAGGAUGAGCAAACUGUCGCGAAAGACGUUGGAAAGGAAGUCGACAAACCCUUAUAUGAACCGCUAGAUGUGCUUACAUCUUCUAGAGACUUCACAUCUGCUGAGAUAGGACUCGAUAUUGAGCCAUCUAAGAAAAGAAAAAAGAAGAAGGAAGGAUUAAAGGAUGACCAAACUGUCGCGAGAGACGCUGGAAAGGAAGUCGACACAACCGUACAUGAAUCGCGAGAUGUGCUUACAUCUUCUAUAGACUUCACAUCUGCUGAGACAGGAGUCGAAAUUGAGCCAUCCAAGAAAAGAAAAAAGAAAAAUAAAGGAUUGAAAGAUGACCAAACUGUCGCGAAAAUCGUUGAAAAGGAAGUCGACACACCGGUAUAUGAAUCGCGAGAUGUGCUUACAUCUUCUAGAAACUUCACAUCUGCUGAGACAGGAGUCGGACUUAAGAAAUUCAAGAAAAAGAAAGAUGAAGAAUUGAUAAGUAGUCAGACCGUUAUUGGGAAGAAAGUCAACACUCCUACCUCUGAGUCCACGAAGUCUCAAGUUGUUCCGGCAUCUUCGGACUUAUCAGCACCCCAAGAUAAUACGGGAAUGGAAAGUAAGAAAAGAACUAAAAAAUCAAAAAAGAACAAGAUUGCGAUAUCAGUAGGUGAGAAGACAGAUACUGAAGACGACGGAAAAGCGGUCAAGACACCCGUGCCGCGAUCUGCGGCAUUAAAAGAUAAUCCUGUUGCUGCUCAAAAUACCGAAGAAGCGAAACUGCGUGAAGGUAUCAUCGGAGAGAAUUUAUUAUCUGUUAGUAAAGAAGAGCCGCGCAAACAGAAGAAUAGAGAAAAUUACCUUUCCCAUGUUCAGGCUACCAGAGACAUGUCUAUGGAUGAUGAAAUACCCAAUAAAGGAAGACUUCGUGUUAACUCCGAUUCCGUGAGCUCUCAAUGUGGGAAACACAAACAAAAUGUGCAGAAAAAUGCCAACGACUCUUCUCACCUUCUUAUAAAGGAGAAUACCUAUAUCCAAAGUGUAGCUUCUCAAUUAGAGGAAAGUGGUAAAAUAAGAGUCAAGCCAAAGAAAAGAGUGAAAACCAGGGUCCUUUUUCACACAGAAGAAGAUAUUCCUGCUCAGCGGAAAAGUGGAGACUUCCAGUGUACUGAAAGUGAGAAGAAACAGCGAAAGUCGAAAAAGGAGAAAAGGGGCGUUGAACAUUCAGACCACAAGGAAAGUGAAGAUUCUUGCGAGAUUGAUCGAAAAAAGUUAAAUUCGCCAAACGAAAAUGUUCAGGACCCCACCCUAGUGAGAGAUGUCCAAGGAAAGAAGCAAUAUAACCUCUCUAAAGAUAGUUAUCCUGUACCUGUUGCUGCCGAUUCCGAACGAAAAUCGAAGAAAAAGAAAAGUCACAAGGGGAAAUCUAGUAGCCUUCAGAAGGAUACAAAUAUAAUGGAUGGUGAUGGUGCUGAUAAUCCAAACUCCGGUACUCUCGAAGGGGAGCCAUCGAUACGUAGAGAACAAAGCAAGAAGAAGGAAAACAUUGCCGGGACAGAUAAACAGAAGGUUGAUAAGGAACGGACACAUCAAGCAAAGAAGAGCAAUGAAGAUGUCACUAAGGUUGCAGAUGGAAAGGACGCAAGGUUAAAUAUGAAAUUUAGUGAUGUGUUAGAAAAUAAGAAAGAUUCUUACGAAUCAAAAGACAAUCCCAAGCAGCGACGAGAUCCCAGUCGAUCAAACAUGAAAUUAAAUGGAAAAGGUGACGAAAGCCCGGGAAAAACAGUCACUCCAAAGCUGCCUGUCAACCAACAACAACCACGCAAUUUAAUUCAUAAGAAAAAGUCGAAGAAAAAGAAAAAGCGUAAAGAUAAAGAGCUGCAAGAAGCAAAAAUUGUUUUGUCAGAAUCUGGAAUGAAAACAGCCGAUAAGGAUAGUUUGCUAAGUGAAACCCAAGUAACAUCUAAGACCCAACAAGCGAAUUCCUCAACUCAUAUAUCCCCGAAACCAUCUAUUAAUACCGGUGAAACGAGUGAAACCGGUAGAGAUGGAGCUGGCAAAAAGUGUGAUAGUCAAGUGCGUUAUGAUGAAGAUUUAAAUGAAACUGGACGAAAAAAGUACAAACAAAAAAGGAGUAAGAUGAUUGAUAUCGAUUUCACUAACAGCGAGAAGGAAAAAGUCUUGACUCAACUCAGCGAAUCCAGGAAAAGAAAGCUCUCCAAACAAGAUCAUAUUGGGACUUGUCGAAUGAAGAGGAAAAAGACAGAUGAUACUGAUUCGAGAAAGCAGCAAGACUUGAGUGCGAAGUCUUCCAAAGAACCCAAAUCUAGUAAGAACUCUAAUGAUAGAAUGGCUGCUGAUGCUCAAAGUCAGAAUUCCUCCAAGAAGCGAAAGCAUCAGAAGAAACAUCACGUCCUUCAGGGAGAAAAAUCAGAUACUGAAGUGGAGCAAUUGGGUCUGUUGGAGCCCAAGGUAGCGAAAUCAUCUUCCGAUUCUGUUUAUCCUGCUAAGGAUGAUGAUGCUGACACGGGACCCUGUCAUACCAAGGCGUCGACACUCGCAAGCCUCGUGGAAGACCUUCCAGGAGUUCCCAAGACUCCAAAGUCUUCCUUUUACAAACGUUCUUCGAGUGACCCCACCCAUAGACCCCUCUACAGACACUUCCACGCUACUCCCACAGGCUUCACCAAUACAUUGUCCCGCACACCAAGAAAGCUCUCGCAUGUGACAAAACAUGAACUUUCUGCUCGGAGGCCCAGGCUGGUUGCCACGACAACUAUUGGUGGCUUAAACACUUCGGAACUUAAAGACAGUGAGCGCGACAUAUUAUCGGGUGGAAUCAGCCAACUCGACAAACUACUAGCUGAUGACUCAUUCUGGGAACCUUGAAUAUAUUGACCCCAUGGUCUACCUCUAAACUGUUGUUCUCACAAUAUAUAUGUAUAUAUUUAAACAUACAUGAAUAAAUUUAGCUCGGAAAUA